AUGGGUGUCCUGGUCGUGAUAAACACCUUCUGCUUGAUCUUCACCACCUGCAGCAUCAGGAGGCUGAGCAGGGGCACGUCCAUGAAACUCGCUUCAUCACGAGGUUUCCGGAGGGCGCCUGCAACAACUCGAGCGCGAAGACACGGCGAUUCCUUCACUUGA